AUGUCAUCUUAUGGACUGUAUCACCAUCCCCACCAGACGUUAACGACGUUGGGGUCAGCGCGUGAGUUCUCGGGAGGGGAACAUGACCAGUACCUUUGGAAUAAGGGAAAUUUCUUUGGUGGAGUUGAUGAUGGGUUACUUGCACGAGCUGAAGUUUUGGCUGCUGUUGACAUUUCUAAGCAAUCUUCACAACAGAUGAUGAAACACGAUGGUCUUUACGGUCAUACUGCAGACCUUGGGGGUCACAAUGCGACCCCUUCACGUCAACAGUUACAGAUGCACUCCCACCCGUCGUUCGGCCCUACCGAUGUCAUGCUUGAACAGCUUUCCUCUAACCCCUCUAUGUCCCUGGGUGGAAUGCCGGACCACCACAUGAGCAUCGCCAAUUCCCCACCCAUCAACCAUCACAACAUGUACGCACCUGUGUAUUCACACCCUAAUCCCAUGGGCAAUCAUCACGGGUUUGGGGGUCAUCACACAGUCCACCAUACUAUGCACGACACAGAAUGUGAUCCGAGGGAGCUGGAAGCAUUUGCAGAAAGGUUCAAGCAGAGAAGAAUAAAACUAGGUGUGACACAGGCUGAUGUAGGUAAUGCACUCGCUAACCUCAAACUACCUGGGGUCGGGUCCCUCAGUCAGAGCACGAUAUGCCGAUUUGAGUCGUUAACACUAAGUCAUAACAACAUGAUAGCCCUUAAACCUAUCUUACAAGCAUGGUUAGAGGAAGCUGAAAAACAAGCGCGGGAAAAAAGGGAAGCAGAAGGUCAAGGACUAGCCUGCUCAGAAAAGAAAAGAAAGAGGACAUCUAUUGCUGCACCUGAAAAGAGGUCAUUGGAAGCUUAUUUCGCAGUUCAACCAAGACCUUCUGGAGAAAAAAUAGCUCAAAUCGCAGAAAAAUUGGACCUUAAGAAAAAUGUAGUGAGGGUGUGGUUUUGCAAUCAGCGACAAAAGCAAAAAAGAAUGAAAUUUUCAGCAAUAGCUGGCCACUGA